CCAUGGAGCUCCGCCCCCGCCGGGCUGGGACCGAAAUCGGCAGUCAUACCUAUAGUACUCUUACACGUGCAAGAGUAGUUGAGUUGACCGGUCGAGUAUCAGUUGCGACUAGGAAGAGGUAUUUAAAAUCAAGAUGAAGAUCCAAGGCGCUGUUGCUCUUAUUACUGGUGCUGCUGAGGGUUUCGGCAAGGCCUUUUCAGAGGAACUACUCAAGAGGAGUGCUAGGGGAAUCGGUAUUGUUGAUUUCAAUGCUGCAAAGGGAAAAGCAACAGAAACUGAGCUAAACAAGAAAUAUGGGGAGGAUAAAGUCCGCUUCUUUCAAUGUGAUGUAUCUUCAAAGGACCAACUAGAAGAUGCUUUCUCUAAGACCCUCGAGCACUAUAAGGGUAUAGAUAUUGUGUGUAACAAUGCAGGUAUAGGAGAUGAGCUUAACUGGGAGAAAACAGUUGAUGUAGACUUGGUAGCUGUAAUGCGAGGCACCUUUCUUGCCAAGCAGUACAUGGACAAGAAUAAAGGAGGACGGGGAGGUAUCGUCAUCAACAUAGCAUCUAUGGCUGGUUUGUAUCCUAUGCCCCUGGCCCCUGCAUAUUCUGCUGCUAAGCAUGGUGUACUUGGCUUUUCAAGGGCCCUAGCGAUAGCAGACAAAGUUUUCAACCCCGAGAAUGUUCGUUUAAACUGCCUUUGCCCCAGCUUCAGUGAGACUGCGAUCCUGCAACAAAUGAAAGGUUUAAUAAACCAUAACCCUGUAGCAGAGGCCAUCUAUGGUGCAGAACUACAAACUGUUCCCGUUUCCAUGGUAGCGGAGGGUUUCAUCCAGCUGGUGGAGGAUGACAGCAAGCACGGAGAAGUAAUGAGAUGCACUCCACAGAAUGGCAUCGAUUAUAAGAAGUUCAGGGACAUAAGCAAGCUCUAAAGGGCCGUUUACAUAUGGCAUGGUAAAUCACAACAGUAUUUCAGGGGAGUGUUUCACAAAGACUAAGAUCAACUUUAAGUUGGACUUAACUAUGGCAGGUCAU